AUGGGGAUAAAAAUUAUAAUUUAUAUAUUUUUUCUAGUAUGGGCGAAAUGCGUGGGGGGGUCUGUUAAUUUUACCGGGUUUGAUAACAAGAAUAUGAUAGGUAAGCACCUGGAACUCGAAAGGAGGUAUAAAAAGGAAUAUAUAGAUACGUUAUUUUUAGAAGAAUUAAGAAAACACAAUUAUAUGAAUAACAAUGUUAUAAUAUUAAGUACGUCAAGACAUUAUUUUAAUUAUAGACAUACCACUAAUUUAUUGAUUGCAUAUAAAUAUGUUAAAGAUUUAGGUGAUACGAUGGAUAAGAAUAUUUUAUUGAUGAUUCCAUUUGAUCAAGCUUGUGAUUGUAGGAAUAUAAGAGAAGGUCAUAUAUUUCGAGAAUAUGAAUUAUUUCCUAGUACUCAUAAUAAAGAACCAAAAAUAGAAAAUAUAAAUUUAUAUGAGAAUUUAAAUAUUGAUUAUAAAAAUAAUAAUGUACGAGAUGAACAAAUUAGAAGAGUACUUCGACAUAGAUAUGAUGCUUUUACACCUAAAAAAAAUAGAUUAUAUAGUAAUGGUAAUAAUGAGAAAAAUUUAUUUCUUUAUAUGACUGGACAUGGUGGUUUGAAUUUUUUAAAAAUUCAAGAAUUUAAUAUUAUUAGUUCUUCUGAAUUUAAUAUAUAUAUACAAGAAUUACUUAUCAAAAAUCUUUAUAAAUAUAUAUUCGUAAUUAUUGAUACGUGUCAAGGAUAUAGUUUUUAUGAUGAUGUACUAAAUUUUGUGUAUAAAAAAAAAAUUAAUAAUAUUUUCUUUUUAUCAUCUUCUAAAAGAAAUGAAAAUAGUUAUAGCUUAUAUUCUAGUAGUUAUUUAAGUGUUUCAACUGUCGACAGAUUUACAUACCAUUUUUUUAAUUAUCUUGAACAAAUACAUAAAAUAUAUGAAAAAGAACCAUAUAAAAAUAUAAAAGCCUUUUCAUUAUAUAACAUUUUAAAUUAUUUAAAAACACAACAUAUUAUGUCAGAACCUACUACAAAUAAUUCUAAAUUUAAUUCGUCCAUUUUUUUACAUGAUAAAAAUAUUCUUUUUUUCAAUUCUAAUUUGUUAAUUAUACAUAAAGAUGAUAUUUCUAUAUAUCAAGAUAAACAAACACACAAUCACAAAUAUAUAUGUUUGGCUAAUCUAUCCAAAUGUGGUCAUAUAAAAAAUUAUGUAUAUAAAAAAAUGCAAACUCUAUAUGAACAAACGUUAUAUUAUAAUAAUCAACAGAAUUCCUUUUCUAAUGAUAUCUCUUAUUUUACAGAUUAUUUUUUUACAUAUGAUAUAUCUAAUAUAUAUAAUAUAUAUUCCUUUCUUAUAUUCUUGCUCUCUUUAUUUUUUAUUAUGUGUUCUCUUCUUACAUAUUAUAUUGUUUUUUUUACAGAAAAGGGUAAAAUGACAUAA